CGAGGGCGUGCCGACUGCGCUCCCGAUACUCUUGCAAGUUUGCGAUGUUACAGAGCGUAGCGAAGUUUUUCAAUCGCGGUUUUCAUAUAGUGCUGUAAGCUCACGUUGAGAGUACUAAAUUGACUUUAAAGUAGUAAUAAUUCAUUUGGUUAGAAACGUUUAAAAUCUACGCAUGAGAAGUAAUGAACAAUUGUGAUUAGUGCUCGUAUCCCUAAUGUCUGAAUAGUUUCUAAGGUUAAAACGUUGUUAACACAAUGACUGGAGUCGACACUGUUCCGAGCAUACGGAUGACUUCGAUGUGAGCUCAUACCAACUGUGCCCACUGUACGCUCACUCUACAAAUAAAUAUUUCACAAAAGUUCGAUCGUUAUACAUAUACUUUAUUGUUCAUUUAUGCUCUGCACUCUAUUUAUGAACUAAUUCGACAUUAAUGGAUAUCGUCUGAGUCGUCUUGAACGAUGCGGUUACGUUCAAAGUGUGCAUGAAACGUGGUGUUAUGGCCAGAUCGUGGUAACCUUGGAGCAGGGAAGUGUAUCGCGUCGCGAGUGGAGUGUGGCGCGUGCGAUGGCGCUGCGCGGGCUGAACGCGUCGGGCGCGAACGCGUCGGCGCCGCUGUGGGAGGUGGCACCGAUGGUGCUGGACGUGUUCUACCGGCCCGACGUGCUGCUCAUCGUGCUGUACGUGCUCGUGCUCACCGCCUCGCUGCUCGCCAACUCGCUGCUCAUCUUCAUCGUCAUCAAGUUCCAGUACAUGCGGAGCGUGACGAACAUCUUCCUGGUGAACCUGUCGGUGGCGGACCUGCUGGUGACGCUGUUCUGCAUGCCCGUGCAGAUCUCCAAGUCGGUCACGCUGCUGUGGUACUUCGGCGAGGUCAUGUGCAAGACGGUUAACUUUCUACAAGGGGUGGCGGUGUCGUCGAGCGUGUUCACAAUAACGGCGAUGUCGGUGGACCGGUACCUGGCGAUCACGCAGUCGCUGCGCGCGCCGUGGCUGCCGUCGCGGCGCGGCGCGGUGGCGCUGCUGGCGGCGCUGUGGUUGGUCGCGCUGGCCGUGUUCGCGCCGCUGCUGGCCGUCGCCGCCGUGCAGCGCGAGCGCGUGCCCGUGCUGCUCAGCACCGACAACGGAUCGGUGUGGGUGGAGCGGAGCGUGGAGUUUUGCACGGAGAAGUGGCCCGACUCAAUACGGAAGGAGUUAUACGGCACCUUCAGUUUCAUCAUCGUGUAUGCGGUGCCAGGGUGCGUGGUGGUGGUGUCGUACGCGCUGAUGGGGCGCCGGCUCUGCUCCGUGCUGCCGCCCUGCGACCUCGCCGACGGCGGCGCCGCCUCGCACCAGCGGGUGCGGCUGGUGCGCGAGCGCAAGCGCGUGGCGCUGAUCCUGCUGCUGCUGGCCGUGCUGUUCGCGCUGUGCUGGCUGCCCUACCACAUCCUGCAGCUGCUGCUCGACGUGGCCGCUGUGCGCCCCGACCGCGUCGCGCCGCUGCUGCCCUACGCGCUGCUGGCGGGGCACGCCAACUCGGCCAUCAACCCGCUGGUGUACUGCCUGAUGACGCGCAACUUCCGCCGCUCGCUGCGCAAGCUGCUCUGCGCAGACGCCGGUAACGCACACUCUACUACUCAUUUCCACGUAAGUCCACCUUACUACGCUAAAUUUUGUUUUACACGCACUUGUGUAUUAUCUUUUUUGUUUAUAUCAUCUUUGUGUUUUAUGGUGUUGUAGCGUUUGGUUGGCUAUUUUCAUUUGUCAUGUACAUUUUGCUUUUUCGUUAUUUAGCUCAUCAUCUAUUUGAUUGCUUACUUAAAUACCUCGUUAUCAUGCGCUGAACGUUGAUUAAGCAGUUUUACAUAGUCUAGACAAAUGACA